AUGUCCGUUGCUACGCUGCAGCGGGAUACCGCUUUUCAAGUUCGCUCUCUGUUUCGUUCUCUGCUCCGACAGUCUUCGCAGUUCUCCAACUACAACUUCCGCCAGUAUGCUCUUCGGCGGACUCGGGAUGCCUUUCGUGAGCACCAGACUGAGAAGGAGGAGCGGAGGAUACAAGAAUUGAUGCAGGAGGGGUUACAGAAUCUACGCAUGUUGAAGAGACAAACAGUGAUCAGUCAGUUCUACCAGUUGGACAAGUUGGUUGUUGAGGGCCAGAAAUCAGGAAAACAAACGGGCCAUGAAGGCAAUUUGGUUCGUCAGAAGGAUACUGGCUGGGACUAA